UUGAAUACUUUGGACACUAGAAGUCACAAGCUAUCUGUUCUGAAAAGCAGCCGUUCUCUUCGGAAUAUCUAAACUGUCAACAAGAUGCACAUCAAGUUUCUGUUUGCCUUCGUCGCCGUCCUGAUGCUGGUCGUCCUGGGAGCCAACGAAGCCGAGGCCGAUUGCCUGUCUGGCAGAUAUCGUGGUCCCUGCGCCGUCUGGGACAAUGAGACCUGCCGACGCGUUUGCAAGGAGGAAGGAAGAGGCCGGGUCAGUGGUCACUGCAGCGCCCGGCUUCAGUGCUGGUGCGAAGGAUGCUGAGCUACCUUCCAGUUAUUUGUAUAAUCAUAGUUGUAUCAACAACAAAAUAUUUUAUUGAAGAGAUUACCAAUAAACGAAUUAAUGGAA